AGUUUCCUACUACUCUAGGAAAAGUCCUGCACAUUGCCACAACAAGUCAUUAUCAGCUCAUUUCCUGGCGCUCCCGCCCCCGGUCCACAUAUCUUUUGGCUUUGAGAAAUUUUCUGAACGCCAAGAAAGGCAGUGUAGCAAAUAUGUUCCUUCGAAAUGUCAGACACAACGCCAACGUCGCAGGA